AUGACGGACGCGGCCACCAACAUGCGCCUGAAGCUGCCCUCCACCUGCCUGGUCCUGGAGAUCAUCCUCAUGAUUCUGUUCGGGACGCUGGUGCAGUACGACUACGAGACCGACGCCAAAGAGUGGCACGAGCACAAACACAACGGCUCCACGGACGGGGACAACGACUUCUACUACCGCUACCCCAGUUUCCAGGACGUCCACACCAUGAUCUUCAUCGGGUUCGGGUUCCUCAUGACGUUCCUGCAGCGUUACGGCUUCAGCAGCGUUGGGUUCAACUUCCUGAUCGCCGCCUUCGCUCUGCAGUGGGCCACGCUCAUGCAGGGAUUCUUCCACGGCAUGCACCACGGGAAGAUACACAUCGGGGUCGAGAGUAUGAUCAACGCAGACUUUGCCACCGGCUCCGUCCUCAUCUCGUUCGGGGCCGUUCUGGGUAAAACCAGUCCGGUCCAGCUGCUCAUCAUGGCCCUGUUUGAGGUCACGCUGUUCGCCGUCAACGAGUUCAUCCUCCUCACCGCUCUAGGGGCCAAAGACGCCGGCGGCUCCAUGACCAUCCACACUUUCGGAGCGUACUUCGGUCUCAUCGUGGCCCGGGUUCUGUACCGACCGAACCUGGACAAGAGCAAACAUAGAAACUGCUCCGUCUACCACUCGGACCUGUUCGCCAUGAUCGGAACCAUCUACUUGUGGAUGUUCUGGCCCAGCUUUAACUCGGCCAUCACGGCUCACGGAGACGACCAGCACCGCACCGCCCUCAACACCUACUACUCCCUCGCCGCCUGCACGCUCUCCUCCUACGCCCUGUCCUCGCUCACGGCACACGACGGGAAACUCGACAUGGUCACGGUGGCGGACGUGACUGCGGUGGGACUCGGCUUGGACAAGAAGGACGCUAAAAGGAAUGCGGCCUCAAAAGUUCUCAACACGUUUGGGUACAACUUUGUAGUCAAGGAGCCAGAGCCGAGACCCAAAGAAGAUAUCACAUCUCAGAAGAUAGAGACUGAUGUUCUUAAGGAGGUCCCCAAGGAUGACAAGCCACAACAGGACCAGGAAUGUUCUGUAGCUCAAGGCGACUCCAUCCAGACAGAGGAGACCCAGUCCCCAACAGAGGACACAUCUAUGGGCACAUCUGCUGCUGCCCAAGAUGAAGCAGCAGAGGUUUUCCUGGAUGACACUGAGGAGGAGGUUCAGACACCUCCUGAGGAGCUUGUGUUUGUAGAGUCCCCUGAAGACACUGCUACUGUUGGUGUUGAUCAGGCAGAACUUCUGAGGGACCAGGAACAGUCACCAGUACUCACACAGACUGUAAGUGAGGAGGUAACGGUUUGUGAUGUUCCCUGUGAUGCCAGCACAACUCCAGAGACGGAGACUGAUGUCCAUGAGGAGGUUGACGAGUCACAACAGGACCAGGAAUGUGCUGUUGCUGAAGACGACUUCUUUCAGACGGAGGAAAUCCAGUCCCCAACAGACGACACAUCUGUUUUGUCUUCUCCUGCUGCUCAGGACGAAGCAGCAAAGGUUUUCUUAGAUGACAUCGAGGAGGAGGUUCAGACACCUCCUGAGGAGUUUGUGUUUGUAGAGUCCCCUGAAGACACUGCUACUGAUGUUGUUGAUCAGGCAGAACUUCUGAGGGACCAGGAACAGUCACCAGUACUCACACAGACUGUAAGUGAGGAGGUAACCAUUUGUGAUGUUCCCCAAGAUGCAACGCCAAAAAUGGAUGGCUCGAAACCAGCAAACACAACUCAAGAGACAAAGACUGAUGUCCACGAGGAGGUUGAGGAGUCACAACAGGACCAAGAACAUUCUGUUGCUGAAGACGACUUCUUUCAGACGGAGGAGAUCCAGACCCCAACAGACGACACGUCUGAUUUGUCUUCUGCUGCUGCUCAAGACCAAGCAGCAGAGGUUUUCUUAGAUGAUAUUGAGGAGGAGGUUCAGACACCUCCCGAGGAGAUUUUAUAUCUAGAAACUUGCGAAGACACUCCUGCUGAUGGUGAACAAGCAACACUUCUGAGUGACCAGGAACAGUCACCAUCAACGGACACGUCGACUGAACCAAGUAGGAUUUCUCCAACUGCCCUCAAAGGCUCCUUCUUCAUCACCAACGCACUCACACAAAAACUGUUCAAACUGGCUGGAUCCAAAGACCACCGUAACGCCAGUCUAAUGGGUGCCCGCCUGCAUUACAGCAUCAAGCAGCAGCUGGAGUUGGAUGAAAACUCUCAGAUAAAGCUGAAGAACUUAGAGAAAGUUGGUAAAGCCGCCGCCAAACGUCUCUCUGCAGAAUAUGGAUCGGCAGACGCAGUGCACAUCCAGAACGCCGCUCUGGCCGGAGGCGUGGCUGCGGGGACGGCAGGAGAGAUGAUGCUGACUCCGGUGGGAUCCAUGAUUGUGGGCUUCCUGGCGGGAAUCAUCUCUGUGCUGGGAUUCAAGUAUCUGUCUCCGAUUCUGGAGGAGAAGCUGAAGAUCCAGGACACCUGUGGGGUCCAUAACCUGCACGGAAUGCCUGGGGUCCUGGGAGCGAUUGUAGGAGCGGUCACUGCUGCUGCUGCAACCAAGGACAUCUACGGAGACGGGAUGGAGGAUGUGUUCCCUCAGAUCGCCAGUGGAGACUUCACAGCCUCAGAUCAGGCCGUGCGUCAGGCCAUUUCUCUGGCCGUGACUCUGGGCAUCGCUCUGUUAGGAGGACUCAUCACCGGAUUCAUUUUGAAGAUUCCGGUCUUCGGAGCUCCGGCCGACAACAUCUGCUACGAGGACAGUAUCUACUGGGAGGUGCCUGGAGAGGAGGAGCACCACGACAACCAGCUGACCGCCGUGAGGACGGAGGAGACGGAGAAACUCAGUGCAUAG